AUGGAAGACGGCAACACUUCAAGUUCAUUCCCGACAGGGAAAAGUGCGCAAGAGAAGGGUUUGUCUUACGUCCCAGGUUGUUAUGUUGUUCCAGCUUCACAACGGUCGAAUUUGACUUCAGAGACAACUAAUGUGCCUGUUGUCGAUUUAUCUGGUUUACAUGACCCAAAAGAAAGAUCUCGUGUCAUAAAAGAUAUUGGGAGUGCUUGUCUCCGCCUUGGUUUCUUCCAAAUUAUCAACCAUGGGAUAUGCCAAUCAUUGCUGGAUGGAGCACUGUCUUCAGCUUUUCAGUUUUUUGACUUGCCAAUGGAGGAGAGACUGAAACUGAAGUCAACUGACGUAUUCAAACCAGUGAGGUAUGCAACAAGUUUGAAGGAUGGACUUGAAAAGGUGCAGUUUUGGAGGAUCUUCCUUAAACAUUAUGCACAUCCCUUGAAAGAUUGGAUUGAAUCAUGGCCUAAAAAUCCAGCUAAUUACAGAGAAAACAUGGGAAAAUAUGCCGUAGAAUUGAGGAAACUAGCCCUGGAAUUAACGGGAGCUAUAACUGAAAGCUUGGGCAUAGGACCUGCAUAUCUAGACAACAAAAUGGAGGAGGGUAUGCAAGUCAUGGCUGCCAACUGUUACCCAGCAUGCCCUCAGCCGGAACUUGCACUAGGGUUGCCACCGCAUUCAGACUACAGUUGCUUAACCAUCCUUCUCCAGAGUUCCCAAGGCCUAGAAAUCAUGGACGCUGAUGAUGGCACGUGGUUGGCAGUUCCAAAACUUGAGGGUGCCCUAGAAGUUCAUCUGGGAGAUCAUCUUCAGGUACUAAGUAAUGGCUUGUACAAGAGUGUGGUACAUAGGGCUACCCUUAAUGGUGAAAGGACUAGAAUCUCUGUUGCAAGUUUUCACAGUUUGGGCAUGGAUGAGAAGAUGGAGACUGCCGAAGAGCUUGUAGAUGAGCAGCAUCCUAAGGGUUACAAGGCAAGCAGCUUUAGGGAUUUUCUCAAGUUUCUCUCAGCCAAUAAUAUUGGGGAAGGGCAGAGUUUUAUUGAAACACUCAAGAUUAAGGCGAAUGAUGUCUACUAG